GGAGGGCCAGGAGGUGUCACCUACCGAAUGUCCCAGACCCAGUCAGGAGAGAGGAGGAAGGGCUGAGUGAGAAGACUGGGAGGGGGAGCUGGAGUGUCCUGUCCUUACCUGGGGUCAUGCUUGCAGGCCUCACACCAGCCAGUUUGGGACAGUUGGAGAGGGACUGGCAUUGAGUGACAGUGACAUCUGGCUGGGACUGGGAAGUGCUGGAGAGAGAGUUCUCUCCCCCACCCCAAAGGGUCUUCUGGGGAUAGACCAGGAGAGGAGCCUGCCCACAGUAAGGGUGGAGGGAACUUGGCCCAUUCCCCCACUUCUUUCUGUCUCCUCUUUCAGGGCCAGCAUAUGGGUGAGGGGGCACCCCCUGGGGCCUGAGCUGCCCCACCCAGGAUGCCCCGUGCUCCCCAUCUCAUGCCCUUGCUGCUGCUGCUCCUGCUGCUGCUGUCACUUCCCCAUAGCCAGGCCACCUUUCCUGAGGACCCCCUUCCUCUGUUUAUCUCUGACCUGCAAGGUGUUUCCCCAUUAUCCUGGUUCCGGGGCCUGGAGGAUGAUGCUGUGGCUGCAGAACUUGGACUGGACUUUCAGAGAUUCCUGACCUUGAACCGGACCCUGCUAGUGGCUGCCCGGGAUCACGUUUUCUCCUUUGAUCUUCAAGCCCAAGAAGAAGGGGAGGGGCUGGUGCCCAACAAGUAUCUAACAUGGAAGAGCCAAGACGUGGAGAACUGUGCUGUACGGGGAAAGCUGACGGACGAGUGCUACAACUACAUUCGUGUUCUCGUUCCCUGGGACUCCCAGACGCUCCUUGCCUGUGGGACGAACUCAUUCAGCCCUGUGUGCCGCAGCUAUGGGAUAACUUCGCUGCAGCAGGAGGGUGAGGAGCUGAGUGGGAAGGCUCGAUGCCCCUUUGAUGCCACCCAGUCCAACGUGGCCAUCUUUGCAGAGGGCAGCCUGUACUCAGCCACAGCUGCGGAUUUCCAGGCUAGUGAUGCUGUAGUUUACAGAAGCCUUGGGCCCCAGCCCCCACUCCGCUCCGCCAAGUACGACUCCAAGUGGCUCAGAGAGCCACACUUUGUCCAUGCCUUGGAACAUGGAGACCAUGUCUACUUCUUCUUCCGAGAGGUCUCUGUGGAGGAUGCCCGGCUGGGGAGGGUACAGUUCUCCCGAGUAGCCCGUGUAUGUAAACGUGACAUGGGUGGCUCACCUCGGGCCUUGGACCGCCAUUGGACAUCCUUCCUGAAGCUGCGGCUCAACUGCUCUGUUCCUGGGGACUCUACCUUCUAUUUUGACGUCUUACAGGCCUUGACUGGGCCUGUGAACCUGCAUGGCCACUCUGCUCUCUUUGGGGUCUUCACCACUCAGACCAAUAGCAUCCCUGGCUCUGCAGUCUGUGCCUUCUACCUUGAUGAUAUUGAGCAUGGAUUUGAGGGCAAGUUCAAGGAGCAGAGGAGUCUGGAUGGGGCUUGGACUUCUGUAUCUGAGGACAGGGUCCCUUCACCCAGGCCAGGAUCCUGUGCAGGAAUAGGUGGAGCUGCCUUGUUCUCCUCUUCUCGAGACCUCCCUGAUGAUGUCCUGACUUUCAUAAAGGCUCACCCAUUGCUGGACCCUGCCGUGCCACCUGCCACCCAUCAGCCUCUCCUCACUCUCACUAGCAGGGCCCUACUGACCCAGGUUGCUGUGGAUGGCAUGGCUGGUCCCCACGGUAAUACCACCGUCCUAUUCCUUGGCUCCAAUGAUGGGACAGUGCUGAAGGUGCUGCCCCCAGGGGGGCGAUCUGGGGGAACUGAGCCCAUCCUACUGGAAGAGAUUGAUGCCUACAGCCCCUCCCGGUGCAGUGGGAAGCGGGCAGCCCAAACUGCACGACGGAUCAUAGGGCUGGAGCUGGACACUGAGGGUCAUAGGCUCUUUGUGGCUUUUCCUGGCUGUAUCGUCUACCUCCCUCUCAGCCAUUGCACCCGUCAUGGGGCCUGUCAGAGGAGCUGUCUGGCUUCUCAGGACCCAUACUGUGGAUGGCAUAGCUCCAGAGGCUGUGUGGAUAUCAGGGGACCUAGUGGGACUGAUGUGGAUAGGGCUGGGGACCAGGAAUCCAUGGAACAUGGUAACUGCCAAGAUGGAGCUACCGGGAGUCAGUCUGGCCCCGGGGAUCCUGCUUAUGUGCUUCUGGGUCCUGGCCCUUCCCUUGAGAUCCCCAGUCCCCCCAGUGAUGCCCGCCCCCGGCCCCAGUCUUCCACUCUUGGAGCUCACACUCAGGGCGUGCGCCGGGACUUCCCUGCAGCCUCGGCCUCCCGCUCCGUCCCCAUCCCACUCCUCCUGGCCAGUGUGGCCGCAGCCUUCGCCCUGGGCGCCUCUGUCUCUGGCCUCCUGGUCUCCUGUGCUUGUCACCGCGCCCACCGACGUCGGAGCAAGGACAUCGAGACCCCGGGGCUCCCGCGCCCUCUGUCCCUUCGCAGUUUGGCUCGGCUACACGGUGGGGGCCCAGAACCCGCGCCGCCGUCCAAGGACGGAGACACCGCGCAGCCGCCGCAGCUCUACACCACCUUCCUGCCUCCCCCCGAGGGCGUGCCCCCGCCGGAGCUGGCCUGCCUGCCCACCCCAGAGUCCACGCCCGAGCUGCCGGUCAAGCACCUGCGCGCCGCUGGGGGUCCCUGGGAGUGGAACCAGAACGGGAACAACGCCAAGGAGGGCCUGGGCCGCGUGCGGGGCGGGAACGCGGCGGGCGGUGCCGCGCCGCGCGUGCUGGUGAGGCCACCGCCGCCUGGCUGUCCCGGGCAGGCGGUGGAAGUCACCACCCUGGAGGAACUGCUGCGCUACCUGCACGGCCCGCAGCCACCCAGGAAGGGGGCCGAGCCCCCGGCCUCGACCCUUUUUACCUCGCGGGCGCUCCCGCCAGAGCCUGCCCCCAACCCCACCCUCUUUGCGGGCUCCAGCCUCCUCCCCCGGGAGUGUGCCCCGCCUCUGCGGCUGGAUGUUCCUCCGGAGGGGAAGUGCGCGGCGCCCUCCGCUCGUCCUGCGCUGUCAGCCCCCGCUCCCCGGCUGGGCGUCGGGGGCAGCCGAAGGUUGCCCUUCUCCACCCAUCGUGCACCCCCCGCCCUGCUCACUCGAAUCCCCUCGGGAGGCCCCUCCAGGUACUCGGGGGGUCCCGGGAGACACCUGUACCUUGGCCGGCCCGAGGGGUACCGGGGCCGCGCCCUGAAGAGAGUGGACAUCGAGAAGCCCCAGUUGUCCCCGAAGCCUCCCCUCGUCGGUCCCCCUUCCCACCCGGCUGUCCGUAACAGCAGCCAUUUUAACUUUUAAAGGGAGCUGCUCCACAGCCUCAGAUAGGGUCCUUGAGUCCCAUGCGCCCAAAGGCCGUGAGCAAGGACACUUCUCCAAGAG